AAAACACCUACAAAACCCCUUUUAUCACUUCACCUUUCUUAGAAAUCCUUCUUCCAAUCUCUCACACACCUCUUUUUUUUCCUUGUCUAAAGCAAGAAAAAUGAGAGUAAACAUAGCUCAAGCAAGUGCUCCUUCUCUCUCUCCUCCUCCAUCUCCUCACAACACUUCAUCAUCUUCUUCUCUUUUCCCCUCUAACAAACUACGUUUACCUCGUUCUGCAUCUUCCAUUCUCACAUGUUCAACUCUUUCUCGCUCUAAAUCAACUGACUACUACAACCUUCGUAGAUCCUGUAGUGCAAGCUUCGAUGGCCAUGAUUUCCCGCACUAUCAUCCCAUCGAAGAUUGCACUCGGAAACAAACUGACUCGAAUAUUAACACCAUUAAUUAUGGUCGUAGUAGUAGUACUACGAGUAGUCGUAGUACUACUACUACAAUGAUGUCGUUUCCACACUCGGAUUGUUGUGUGGAUGUUUUAGAACCAUCUUUGCUUGGUAUCCGUCCUGAACCCCCAGAUUGGCCUGCAAGAGAUGCUAUGAUUCGUGAUUGCAUUGCUUUGAGAGCGAGUAGUAUUGAGCUACCUCUUUCUAUGAGAAUGAUCAAGAUGAAGCAAAAGUUUUUGAGAUUAGAGGUGGAGAGAGAAACUGGGGAUCUCGAAAAGUAUAUGAAGGAUGAUCCUAUUAAUAAUUUGUGUUGUUCGACGUUGUAUAUUAUAAGGGAAGUUCAAAGCCAAGCUUUGAGAACUAGAGGGUUGGUUUUAGAUGAAGAGGUUGAUGAUGGGAUUGUGAGUAAAGUUCAAAGAGAGAUGACAUCUUCCUUUAUUUGGUUGUUUAGGGAAGUUUUUGCUAAAACUCCUGAUUUAAUGUUGCAAGUUAUGGUUAUUACGUCGAAUUUCGCAACCAAGUCACUUGAAACAUUGCAACCAUCACCAAAAAUCCAAGAAAAUUUGAAGAAAAUUGAUGAUGAUUUAGACCAAAAUUCAACAAAUUGGGGAGUUGGGAAUUUUGAAUUAGGGGUGUCAACAAGGGAAAUUUUGGAAAAAUUGGAUGAAAAUGAGGUGGGUUUGUGGAAUUUAAUGGUUGAAGAUGCUAAUCAAAUGGGACAUGGAGGUUAUGUCAAAAAUGAAGGGCUAAGAUUUGUUGUUAAUGAUGAUUAUGUUAAAAAUGAUGAUGAUUAUGAUGUUAAGUUGAGAGAGAAAAAGAUUGAGUUUGUUUCUCCUGUAAGAGUUAUGAUUGAAGGAGAUGAUUACGAGGAGUAUUAUAGAACUGAUCUUCUUUACCAGAUUGGUUUGUUUCAGGAGCCUAAUAAUACUCUUUUGCUGUCUAAUUAUGCUCAGUUUCUCUGCCUUGUUUUCCGGGAUUAUGACAGGGCUGAGGAGUGCUUCAAGCGUGCAAUACAAUUGGAUCCAACAGACGCAGAGGUGAUGACCCAGUACGCGAAUUUCUUGUGGGUGGUACGAAAGGACCUAUGGGGAGCCGAAGAGAGGUUCCAACAGGCUACGGUGGCUGAACCCGACAACUCCUUUCAUGCAUCAAAGUAUGCAAGUUUCUUAUGGAGCACAGGCGGUGAAGAUACAUGUUACCCUCUCGAUCCACCUCCUCGUGCUAAUAGCUAACGAUGAAAGCGAGCAACUUGCAGGAUUCUGGCAAGCUCUGCUCUGUGAAUAUUAGUCUUCUGUUCAUUCUUGGCUUAAAUUCACCAUCACACAUUAGAUUGAUUAGGUAACACAAUAAGGGCAUAUUAGUGUUACCAUUGCCUAUCUUUGAGGAUUCAAGAGUUGAGCCAUUGGGUAUUUUCCCGUGUGGCUCUUGAGUGUUGUAAUUUGUUGAUACUGGCUUUGGUGCAUCAGUAUGCUGAUAUAAUUUGUAAUUGUACAGUUGUAUAGCUUAUGUAAUGAGCAAAAACUGUUGAAACUUAAUCUGAUCUUUCUUACUUUUUCCAUCUCA